AGGAGUCGGAGCCGCCCGCGAGGACCAAGGGCAAGUCCAGGAGGAGCCCCAUGAAGCAGUCCCGCGUCGACUUCACCAAGGUGGACGCCGCGCUGCUCCCCACCAUCAUCCUCGUCGGCCGCCCCAACGUCGGCAAGUCCGCGCUCUUCAACAGAUUAAUACGGAGGAGAGAGGCAUUGGUGUAUAAUACACCUGGGGACCAUGUCACCCGUGACAUCCGCGAGGGAGUUGCGAAGCUUGGAGAUCUCCGUUUCCGCGUGCUUGACUCAGCUGGUCUCGAGACUGCAGCAACAUCUGGGAGCAUUCUUGCCCGUACAGCUGACAUGACAGGGAAUGUGUUGGCCAGAUCUCAAUUUGCCAUUUUCUUGAUUGAUGUGAGGGAUGGCCUACAACCGCUGGAUCUUGAGGUUGGGCAAUGGUUGCGAAAACAUGCAUCUGGGAUACAUACCAUUGUCGCAAUGAACAAGUCGGAGGCACUUGAUGAGCAUGGAACUUUGACCUCUGCUGCUGGAGAAGCCCACAGGUUGGGUUUUGGUGACCCAGUUGCAAUAUCUGCAGAGACAGGCCUUGGGAUGGCAGAGCUUUAUGAGAUAUUGAGGCCAUUGUUUGAGGAAUACAUGUUUCAGCUUCCAAACAAUGGACUAAAUCAAGAUGACCUUAUUUCCGAGGCCGAGGCAAAUGAAGGUGAUGAAAGCAAGUUACCUUUGCAGUUAGCAAUUGUGGGACGUCCUAAUGUUGGGAAGUCUACCAUGCUUAAUACCUUGUUGCAAGAAAAUAGAGUUCUGGUUGGUCCAGAGUCAGGCUUAACAAGGGACUCCAUUCGGGCCAAGUUUCAAUUUGACAACCGAAGUGUAUAUUUGGUGGAUACUGCUGGCUGGAUGGAGAGGUCAGGAAAGGAGAAAGGGCCAGCAUCGUUGAGUGUGGUACAAUCAAGAAAGAACCUGAUGAGAGCUCAUAUUGUAGCUCUUGUGCUUGAUGCAGAAAAGAUUGCAAAGUCGAAGAGUAGUAUGAAUCAUCCAGAAGUUGUGAUAGCACGACAAGCAAUCGAAGAAGGCCGUGGACUUGUUGUGAUUGUCAAUAAAAUGGAUCUCCUUAGAGAAAACCAACGAUUGUUAGACAAAGUGUUAGAGGCUGUUCCUAAAGAAAUCCAGACAGUAAUUCCUCAGGUUACAGGGAUACCAGUUGUGUUCGUGUCAGCAUUGGAAGGCAGGGGGAGGCUUGCUGUUAUGCACCAGGUUAUAGAAACUUAUGAGAAAUGGUGUUUUAGAUUGUCAACCUCGCGCCUGAAUCGUUGGUUGCGUAAGGUUAUGAGUAGACAUUCAUGGAAAGAUUCAGCUACGCAACCAAAAGUGAAGUACUUCACUCAGGUGAAAGCGAGGCCACCAACAUUUGUCGCCUUUAUGAGUGGGAAGACUCAGCUAUCGGAUACAGAUAUCAGGUUCUUGACAAAAUCUCUCAAGGAAGAUUUCAACAUAGGGGGGAUACCAAUCCGGAUCCUACAGCGCUCUAUUCCAAGAAAAGCGUCUUCUUUCAAGAGCAAUAUCAAGAAAAGAGGAUCAACGAUAAUCAGGAUGAAAACAGACAAAAGAACCGAAGUGUCUGAUCCCACUCAGUCAUAAUGUUCUACGACACCACGAAGGCAACUCCAGAGUCUGAUGAAGGAUGAUGGUAUUUGUCUACUAUUCAGAAGGGAAGCCAUUGGUCAUGAUACACGUUUGACCAAAAACGGUCUAGCAGAGGAAACAGAAAACGGCUGCCUUCAUGCAGAGGAUGUGGACAGAAGAGCUUUCUUGUCUGCAAAGGAAGUGAUUAAAGACUUCAGUAGGCAGGAUAAUUAUUGAAAAGCGAGGACGACUACAAAAAAGCAAGCUCAGUGUUUAUAUUUGGAACGGGGGCAUUUUCUGCAAGCACUAGCUGAGGUUCAAAAAACGAUCAAGUUGUUAUGGGCGAAGACUGAACUUUUCAGUAGGCCAGAGAAAAAAAGGUGGUAUCGUGUAGCGUUCUUGUACAUUUAUCUGCCACGAACAAAUUCCCCUUGUAUCCCCCUAUAUAUAUGGCACGUAUAGUCUAAGAGAAUGUUUUGACAAAUAUGUACUCCCCCCCUAAGUUUCGAGAACUUAGUACAAAAUUUGUACUAACUUGGUACUAAAUCUCCGACACUUAUUAUGAAUCGGAGGGAGUAAUAUCAAACCACAUGUUUGCGUUUACAUGAUCA